GCUUUCUCAGACGAGGCACACCGUAGCAUUGCGCUCUCUCAGAGGAACGUAUACUCAGGAUACGAAUUUAUACUUUCCAGUUCCACGAAGUUCUAUUAGGAACAAAUAUAAACAAUACAGGCCUACGGCGUCGACAACUUGUUUCCUUGAUGAGAAUGUAAAUUGAUCUGUGGUUUACUAAUAAUCCAAACCACCAAGUUCAACACAACCCGUCACUUAUUUAUUCUCCGAUUGACUGAGAUGAGAACUGCCGAGGAGUCUUCUGGCACGGUCCUGCACCGUCUCAUCCAGGAGCAGCUCCGUUACGGGAACCUCACAGACACCAGCACCCUCCUGUCCAUCCAGCAGCAGGCCCUGCGUGGAGGCAGCAACAGCAGCGGAGGAGGAGGGGGUACCGGAUCCCCCCGCUCCUCCCUGGAGAGCCUGACCCAGGAGGAGUCCCAGUUCCUCCACAUGUCCACCAGACAGGAUCCCCAGGGCCAGGAGCACCAGGGGGACUACAACCACUGUGAGAGUGACUCCUCCGUGUGUCGCCUCUACCAGCUCCACAGACACGGAGAGGAGCUGCCCACCUAUGAGGAGGCCAAGGCCCACUCUCAGUACCUGGCCUCGGUAGAGGCUCAGCGGGGUCAGCCUCAGCUUGGUCUGGGUCUGGAGGUGAUGGAUCACCAGGGAGGAGGAGAGGGCCAGUGGGACCUGAAACGGGAGCACGCCCGCUCCCUCAGUGAACGGCUUAUGCAGCUCUCCCUGGAGAGGAAUGGUGGAUCAUGUGGAUCCAGAGACAGUCUGCCCCUCAGCUCCACUCAGAGUUACCCACAGCUUUCCAAUGGCCACUGUGGGCCUGUUGACCACCAGGGACCAGAGUCUCUCCAGUACCCCGUUCAGAGGGGACCUCCCCCGGACUACCCCUUUCUGGUCAGGCCUCCUGGAUACAUGCUCAGCCACUCACAGGAGAUAAACGGACUCUACUACCAGGAACCUCCUCCCCCAUUCAACUCACAGCACAGGUAUGAACCUGCCCAGGCCCAGAUGGCUCGCCACAGUGUCCGCUCUGGUCCGGAGGUCUACAUGAGCCACAGCAGCCCCAGUACCGCCCAGAUGGACCUGCUGAGGGAGAAUGAGAGACUGAGGAAAGAGCUGGAGGGCUACAGCGAGAAGGCCGCCAGACUUCAGAAGCUGGAAGUGGAGAUCCAGAGGAUAUCUGAGGCCUACGACACCCUGAUGAAGGGCUCAGCCAAGAGAGAGACCCUGGAGAAAACCAUGAGGAACAAACUGGAGUCAGAGAUCAAGAGACUACACGACUUCAACAGAGACCUCAGAGAUCGUCUGAACACAGCUACAAAACAGCAAGUAGCCAAGGAUGUUGAAUCCGACGACCAGAAGCAGCAUGUCUUCGCCAAGCUCGUCGAACAAAAUGAACAGCAGCAGCGGGAGGUGCAACGUCUGCGUGGUUCCGGGGAGGAGUGGCUCCGGCGCCGGGAGGUUCUGGAGCUGGCCCUGGGGUCGGCACAGGCCCGUAACCUGGCCCUGGGGGAGGAGCUGGGGAGGAAGAGGGCGUACGUAGAGAAGGUAGAGCGGCUGCAGAGUGCCCUGGGACAGCUACAGGCCGUCUGUGAGAAGAGAGAGGCCCUGGAACUGAGGCUGAGGACCAGGCUGGAGCAGGAGCUGAAGAGCCUCCGAGCAGCACAGUCUCACAGCACGGCUAGCGGCCCCGGCUCCCCGCCCUCUGAUCUGAGCUCCACGGUGUCCGUACAGCUGCAGCUGGCUGAAGGAGAGGAGAGGAUCCUGGCUCUGGAGGCCGACGUCACACGCUGGGAACAGAAGUACCUGGAGGAGAGCACCAUGAGGCAGUUCGCUAUGGACGCAGCCGCUACCGCUGCGGCUCAGAGAGACGCCAGCGUCAUCAAACGCUCCCCUCGCCACUCACCCAACAGCAGCUUCAACGACCACCUGCCGUCCAGCCGCAGACAUCAGGAGAUGGAGAAUAGAAUCCGAGCGCUGCACUCCCAGCUCCUGGAGAAGGAUGCAGUGAUCAGGGUGUUACAGCAGCGUUCCCAACGGGAGCAGAUCAGGCUAGAGCAGCAGGCCCUCCGCCCUGCCAGGUCCGUCCCCUCCGUCAGCACCGAGGCCAACGGCUCAACCUCCAUCAACGGCCCAGUGGAGCGACCCAUCUGGGGAAAAGGAAAGAGCCUCUCUGAUGACCAGACGGCUGCUGCAGCGUCUCCUCUCUCCCGGCCCCCCCACCAACACCCCCGUGCCCCCCUGGCCCUGCCUCUCCCCCACUCCAAGCCCCAGAGCAGGGACUGCAGCAGCCAGUGUGAUGGUGAUAUUCCAGCCGAAGAGGCUGACCUCACAGUGGAUCCCCCCAGCAGUUCAGACACUGCAGCAGACGUGGUAGAAAUCCUUAUUUAACAAACAUUGAACUCUGACUACAGUUCAGAUAACUGAACUUGGGGAUUCACUGUGGAUGGACAGUGAUAACACGGUUGACGACCGAGAGACCUUCCUGUCCCGUAUGUCCCUCCCAGCAAGGAGAAGACUACCUGCCUGUCUCUGGUCAGACUGGCCUCCAGAUGAACAGAAGGACACUUCCUUUUGAAGACAGACGGACAGUUUGGAGACGGGUUUGGAGUAAUGGACAUGUGCUUCCUACCUACCUACCUUCAUACAGUACCUUCCUACCUACAUUUCUACCUAGCUUCCUAUCAAUCUACCUGCCCGCCCACUUACCCACCUAUCUACCUACCUACCUACCUACCUACCUACCUACCUACCUACCUACCUACCUACCUACCU